GCUCUCAUGCGCACCUACAGCGGCAUGGCGCUGCGUGCCCCCAAGGAGCAGCUGCUCACCCACCUGGAUAGAGGAAUCAUGGGCAACAUCCUGCGUCUCUCCGGUGCUAAAGAGAGGGACUUGCAGCUGAAGCUCGCCCUGGUGCAGAGCAUCACUGAGGUCAGCUGUGCCAUCCAGGCUGUGGGCGACUGCGGCAGCUUUGAGCUCUCCUUAAAGCGGGAGGCGAUGUGGACCUUGCUGGACUGGAUCAAGGGGGAGCCCUGGGACUCCCUGGUGUAUGGAGUGUUCCAGGCCCUGGAGGAGUUGAGCAAGCUGAGGCCACCUCUGAGCAGGGAGGAAAAUCGCAAGCUGCUGUCAGUGUGCUGCCAGACUGUCUUGUCCCGUCCUUCCAAGGAGCGGAUGAAAAAGGGCAGGAAGACAGUGAGGGCAGCUGUGAACAUGCAGCUUCUGCACAGGAGAUGCAUGGAAGACCUGGGCCAUCUCCUAGAAACCCUUCUGGAGGCAGAGAAGACCUCUGCCUGCUUUGAUGACGUGGUCCAUGUCCUGAAGGGCUGGCUCACCUCAGCCAAAGAAUGGGAGCGGGAGAGAGCCCUGCAGGUUUGUGCCCACGUGCUGGGAGCUUGCAAGGAGCGAUUUGAGCUCAUGAGAGGACGUCCUUGCGAGCAGUUCGGCUCCCUGGUGGGACUGCUGGCGACUCUGACCAGCGACUGCCUGGCCACGUCCUGCCAGAGGGCAUGGGUCUGCCUUGGCUACCUCCUCCAAAUGCAAGCCAAGACCAUGGAGGUGGUGCCUCAGGCAGAUGAGAUCAGGUGCUUUUGUGAGGAGCUGAACAGCCCAGACACUGAGAUUCCGGUGGAGACCUGUACCAAAAUAGCAAAGGCUGUUUGCAAAUGCAUCCCUCCGGCACAGGCUACGGACUUUCUGACUGCCGUCCUGGACAGCUUGCUGCAUGUCACCCCCACACGUGCAAGAGCAGUGUGGGCGUGGGUGUUCGUCUUCCUGGAGGAAUGCAGAAAGGAAAUACUCCAGGAGGUGCCAAAAAUCCUGAACACCCUUUGCACCUACAUGCAGCAGAGCACCCACAGGCCCUUCCUGCUCCGGGCGGUGUUUCUCCUCGCCCGCUUUCACCGGGAGCCCCUCAUCACCAGCCUCCUCCGGAAAGGUCCACCCAUGGACAGUGACACAGUGGAGCUGUGGAGGAGCCUGGGGAGAAGCACCAUUGGGAUUCAGGUCCUGAGGUGCUUAGUGGAGAAACUAAACAGAGCAGGAAACAACCGCCUGUGGACUCGCUUUCCCGCUUGGGAGCGGCACAACCGUCAGACUGCUCUGGAGACUCUGACGAUCACCCGUGCCAUCUCCGAGGUGGUGCUUGCCCUGAGGAGCACGGAGGAGCUCAGGCAGCUGCUUCCCCACCUCCUUCGCAGCCUCCUGAGGUGGGCCAGUGAAACGCUGGGCAAGGAGAGGCUCCUUUCCCCCAGGAAUGGCUGGAGGCAACUGUUCCUUGAGGGCCAGGUGCUUGAGGAGAAGCCAUGCAGGAUUUUCCUUUUGGCUGUAGAGUUGGUGCUAGGCAAAUGCAUGGCACAGACAUGGAUGCAGCUGCUCAUGCGUCAGGCAGUGUGGGCUCGCCUGGAAGACCCCCUGGCUCACCCUGAGGGGUUGCGUCUCUUGAGAAGCGUCCUGCUCCAGGCUGGGCUUGUCUCCCCCUCUCUGGUGAAGAGCCUCUUGCCACGGCUGCGUUCCUGAUCACUUAAGCUGCGCGUGACAGCUACAGCUUUCUUUGCUGAGCUCUCUCGGGACUGCAGGACAAGAAGGACCCACGAGUGAGGCAGGCGU